CUCCCCGGCCAGUGCUCGGCCCCCGGGCCAUGGCGGCGGCGCGAGGGCCCGCGACGGAGGGGAGGUUCGUGGUGGUGGGCGGCGGCAUCGCGGGAGUCACCUGUGCGGAGCAGUUGGCCCUUCAGUUUCCGUCGGAAGAGAUCGUCCUGGUCACAGCGUCUCCUCUCAUUAAAGCCGUCACGAACUUCAAGCAGGUGUCGAAAGUAUUAGAAGAAUUCGAUGUUGAAGAACAGCCAAGUACCGUGUUAGAAAAUCGCUUUCCCAACAUUAAGGUGAUAGAAUCCGCCGUCAAGCACUUAAAGAGUGAAGACCAUUGCCUUUUCACGGAAGAUGGUGGCCAGCACGUCUAUAAGAAACUCUGCCUGUGUGCCGGGGCCAAACCCAAGCUGAUCUGCGAAGGAAAUCCUUACGUGCUGGGGAUCCGGGACACGGACAGUGCCCAGGAGUUCCAGAAGCAGCUCACUCACGCGAAGAGAAUUCUGAUCGUGGGCAACGGCGGCAUCGCUCUGGAACUGGCAUACGAAGUCGAGGGCUGUGAAGUGAUCUGGGCCAUUAAAGAUAAAGCUAUCGGGAACACUUUCUUCGAUGCCGGAGCCGCGCAGUUCUUGACGUGCAAGCUCGGUGCCGAGAAGCUAGAGGCUGCCAGCACGCAGAAAAGGACCAGGUACACGAUGGAAGCAGGCAGAAAGAAGCCGCAGAGCGGAGCCAGUGCAGGUCACACAGGGAGUGCCUUGGGGCCCGACUGGCACCAAGGCUUGAACCUUAAAGGCACGAGAGAGUUCUCCCAUAAGAUUCACAUUGAAACUUUAUGUGAAGUCAAAAGAAUCUACCUUCAGGAGGAAUUUAGAACCUCCGGGAAAACGUCCUUGGCUUUUCCGAGGGGCUGCCCGAAGGAAUCAGUCACAGCUGACACAGAGUUAUGGCCUGUGUACGUGGAGCUGACCAACGGGAAGGUCUACGGCUGUGACUUCAUUGUCAGUGCUACUGGCGUCACACCGAACGUCAACCCUUUUCUCUCGGGCAACAGCUUUGACCUAGGGGAGGACGGUGGCCUGAAGGUGGACGGGCACAUGCGCACCUCGGUGGCCGACGUCUAUGCGGCGGGGGACAUCUGCACCGCCGCCUGGCAGCCCAGCGCCCUCUGGCAGCAGAUGAGGCUGUGGACCCAAGCCCGCCAGAUGGGCUGGUACGCCGCCAAGUGCCUCGCAGCUGACACUUUGGGACAUGCCAUCGACAUGGAUUUCAGCUUUGAACUUUUUGCUCACGUAACAAAAUUUUUUAACUACAAGGUUGUAUUACUAGGGAAAUACAACGCGCAGGGCCUGGGUUCCGAUCACGAGUUAAUGCUGCGGUGCACCAAAGGGCAGGAAUACGUCAAAGUGGUCAUGCAGAACGGGCGCAUGAUGGGCGCCGUCUUGAUCGGAGAAACUGACUUAGAAGAAACGUUUGAGAACUUAAUUUUAAACCAGAUGAAUCUUUCAUCAUACGGAGAAGAUCUACUAGAUCCAAAUAUUGAUAUCGAAGAUUAUUUUGAUUAAAAUAGACAUUCCAGGCUCGUUCUCUUUCUGCUGCCACCUUGGCUCUGCGUUCCCCACACAACAUGCCCAGUGAAGCCACAGAAACCGUCCCUGCCACAAGAGCAGGAGUUGCCACAGCCCCAGGCUGAGACAGGAUCUGGAACAGAAUCUGACAGUGAUGAAUCAGUACCAGAACUCGAGGAACAGGAUUCCACACAAGCCACCACGCAGCAAGCUCAGCUGGCAGCAGCCGCAGCUGAGAUCGAUGAAGAACCCAUCAGUAAAACAAAACAGAGCCGAAGUGAAAAGAAAGCACGGAAGGCAUGUCCAGACUGGGUCUUCGAUAGGUGACAGGGGUUACUGGAGUCACAAUCCGAAAGUCUAAGAAUAUCCUCUUUGUCAUCACAAAACCAGAUGUCUAGAAGAGCCCAGCUCCAGAGACCUACAUAGUUUUCGGGGAAGCGAAGAUCGAAGAUUUAUCUCAACAAGCACAGCUAGCAGCCGCUGAGAAAUUCAAAGUUCGAGGUGAAGCUGUCUCAAACAGUCAAGAAAACACACAGACUCCAACUGUACAACAGGAGAGUGAAGAGGAAGAGGUUGAUGAAACAGGUGUGGAAGUUAAGGAUAUUGAAUUCGUCACGUCACAGGCAGACGUGUCGAGAGAAAAGGCAGUCCAAGCCCUGAAGAACAACAGUAAUGAUGUGGUAAAUGCUAUUAUGGAAUUAACAAUGUAGCCAUCUGGAAAAAUGGAGACCCUUUUUUUUGGUGUUUCAAAAGAGUAACUGCAGCUUGGUUUGAAAUUUGUACUGUUUCUAUCAUUAAUAAAGUUAUGGCUUCUUGUUGGA